UCUAGGCACCAUAGCUUUGAGGCAGUUGAAGAAAGUUUUUUUUUCCUGAUACAGUUUUCUCAAGUGUUGAUUCGCUAAAGCAGAUUCGAACCCGAACGAAAAUGUCUCUCAUUCUUGCACCGGCAUGCACUAUUUGUGCAAAAACAAAAAUUUCAAUUUCGUGUUCGAAAUGCUGCCACAUUUAUUGCGCUGAUUGUUUCGGUAUACCGAACGAUAGCGCUGGAGAAAAAAUGCGACUGGUUUCGCUGCUUUCAACCCGACUUUGUUUCCGAUGUAAGCCCGUGAAACAGGAGGAAAAUCCAUCUGAGAACGAUGGAGAACAGUGCAGAGUUCAUGGAAAAUAUUUUAGAUUGUUCUGCCUCAGCUGCGAAGAAAUACUUUGCGACGAUUGUUUCCUUUCGGAGGGAGCACAUAUGCGUCACAAAAUCGACUUUGUCAAGACCGUUUACAAGGAGAGACGAGCAGAGACCGAGCGGAAGUUCACUCUUCUGCAAGAAUCACAGAGUCACAAUGUUGAGCUAUACGAGAAAAAUUUGGAAAGUAUUGAAGCCGCGGGACAGUCGAUUUUGGAUGAAAUUGAAGUAAUUUACGAACGAACGAAGCAAAGCGUCAACCAAUUCACUAAGGGACGAAAAUGUGUACUUGAGGAUCAGAUGGAGCUGCCUGCCAAAAGGCAGAAGCUAAAUGACACCUUAUAUAAACUGGUAACUCAGUCGCCACCGGUUGAGUUCCUCAAAGAGCAUGCCUUUGUUAACUGGCAGUGCGAUGAAAUGAUGUCCUGUGCUACUCCCGAUCAGUUUGCUCCUAUGCAGUUUGACGAUAUUGGAUGCGAGUUGGUUCCCUCGUACGAGAUGCACACGUACACUUUGGCUAAUUUCAAUCUUUCGGGGUACUGGUCACAUAAUCGGACGAUUUCCGAUAUUCCGUGGAACAUUUACCUGAGCAAAAAAGAUAAUCUUUCCAUCAGUGUCGAUUCUAAUGUUGAUGCUGCAAAUAAUAAAUCGUACAAAAUGGUUGUAAUCGUUCCUCACAACGAUAUUCGGAAGACGAUUCAAAAAUUGUUUAUUCUUAAUGGAGUAUCCAGAGAGCAUAGUAUUGCAUCGGUCUCAUUACUUCAAAACGAGGAAUUUAUAAACUCAAGUGGAGAGCUCAUACUGAAAAUAGGUAUCAGAUCAACUAAUAUAGUCGUCGAAAAUCAGGUUUUGAGAGCACAGAAACAAGAAUUGAAACUGAAAAUCGAUGAACUAGAAAAUCAGUUGUCAUCACCGGAACGAGAUAUCAAUUGCAAAUUUUACAUUAUGCACUACAAUCUGAAUUUCUCAAAGCAGUCGAAGAAACAUCAAGUGGCACACCAUUCGGCAAAUCUUUUGGAUCGCUCUAAUCGACGCUGGUGUCUUCGAGUGUAUCCAAUGGAUGUCGCAAAGACAAACACGAAUCUUAAGGCGUAUAUAGUGCUGCGCAAAGGCGCUCGCACGAAGUGUCGUUACUUUAUUGAACUCAUGCACGACAAUCCCAGAAAUAACGUGCUUCUUUGCGCGGAAAGUUUUUUCGAAUCGUUGAAUACUGGCUACGGAUGGAAUGCUUUUAUAGAUCGCAAAAAGCUGCUGAGCGAUGUUGGGUACUAUCCGAAUGGGGUACUGCGCUUUAGAUUUGGUGUACAUCCGAUUAAUAAGUGAUUGUUAGGCCAGAUUGUCAUUAGUUUCAUCACCAUUCAUUCGCAGAGAAAAUAAAGUUGAACAGUUUAUUGUUGGUUCUAUUCAGAAAUACUAAUAAAAUUGUUAUGUAUCAGUUGG